CUCAGCUAGUUUUUUCAUGAGCCACUAAAGGACAGCAGGGAAUAUCGAUAACAUCGCGCCAGAACGUCUAGACCAUGACUCACUAUUCAACAUUGCAAAUAAGCCUUUCAUGUUCUACGAGUAUUACGCAUUUACACAACAUUUGAAACUGCAAAACCAAUCCUCCCUCGAGAGGGUUGCCCCAUAAAAAUGCCAGGGACUAGGAAGCGAUUGCAACUCAGCCUUACACCAGUACUAAAUUUUUGGACACGGUUUAUUGUGCAAAGCGCAAAUAACAAGGCGAGUUAAGAAAACUACCCGGAUUCUCUUGAUACACUGAAAUGUACAAAUGGACAACAUAUUGUCUACUAUUUGCAUUUAUUCUAAUAUUAAGUGCCAUUGUCAACAGCCUUUUAUGGGUGUUUUUAUUUGAUAGCGUAAUACCGAGUAAGGGAAAGGUGUGGCCAAAACCUAAACACAUAAUUCCGCAUGAUGUUAUAUAUCAAGUUAGGGGAAGGAAUCCUGAAAUAAUAGCAAUUGGUCACAACUGCAUCUUGUUAGACAAGGUCAUCGCCAGAGUGACUCAUGAUUUGGAUAUAUUAAAUGGCUUUGAUAUUCCUAAAGUCGACAAGUCAGAGAAGUAUAAAAGAAUAGCAAAACUAAAUGUCCUUUUGACUGAACCUUGUGAAGAGUAUCCUUAUUUAGGAAUGGAUGAAAGUUACGAACUGACAAUAUCAACAUCAUCUAAAUUACAAGCCACAUCAAUAUGGGGAAUCAUUAGAGGACUGGAGACGUUUGUGCAAUUGUUUUACAGCGAAAAUAAGAACGUCUUCAUUAGAGGUGAAACAAUAGUAGAUUAUCCAAACUACGAGCAUAGAGGACUAUUGCUAGAUACAGGCCGUCUUUUCGUACCUGUAUACAACCUUUUGAUGAUCUUAGACGGAAUGGCGAUGAACAAACUAAAUGUAUUCCAUUGGCACAUUUGCGAUAAUAUAUAUUGCCCUAUAAAAAGCGAGAUCUUCCCUAACAUGAGUUCUAAUGCACAGAACUUGUACACAAAGGACGAUGUCAAAUUUAUAGUCAAUUACGCAAGAGAACGGGGAAUAAGAGUUAUUCCAGAAUUCGAUGUACCAGGUCAUCAGACAGCGUUACAAAAAGUAUUCCCAAGCUUAUUCCUGCAUUGCAACAAUGAAGAGUCCGCUGAAUUGAUGAAUCCCACGUUGCCAGAAACCUAUAAUUUCCUGCAACGUCUACUGGGAGAACUAAAUACGUGGUUUCCCGAUGAUCACAUACAUUUAGGGGGAGAUGAAGCGCAUCCUGAAUGUUGGAACAAUCACAACGAAACUUUGAAAUAUAUGAAAGAAAACAACAUGUCCGUCGUUGAUUUACAAACGAUGUUUUAUCAAAAACUCGUGGAGCAAUUGAAGCCUGGUAUGAAACAGAUCGUUUGGCAGGACGUAUUUGACUACGGAAUUAAUAUGUCAACCCACGACAAUAUAGUGCAAGUUUGGAAUUAUAAUCCUCAAUCUGAAAUGGUUAAGCUAUUAGAAGCCGGUUACCAAAUUCUAUAUUCAUCGUUUUGGUAUUUAAAUUUCGAACCAAAGACAUAUGACUUCGGUAAUUACUACACUCAAGACCCUCGGAGUGCAAUCGAGUCCAGUACUAGCAAUGACCUCCUACAAAACAUAAAGGGUGGAGAAGCUUGUAUGUGGACAAAUUUUAUAACAGACCAUACUGUACUUUUAGAUUGGAUAUUCCCAAAAACCUGUGCCACCGCGGAAGUGUUGUGGAGUUUCACAAACGGAAGCAAAAUAAACUACGAGGGUUGGUCAAGAAUUUAUGAGCAAACGUCACGUAUGACGAAACGUGGAGUGCCUACAAAGAGGCCUGGAUAACCUGACCUUAUAACUUAUAUGUGCCUUUCUUAUACAACCACCGUCUUACCUGUGAUAUUGCUAUUAGGGAACAGAUGCAAAUACGUUGAAAAACCUAAAAUAAACGACCUAUUUUUUGUAUGUCAAGUUAUACGAUGUUUGCAGGGAUGCCAUUAUUCGUAAAAUUUUAAAUAAUCUUGUAGUUAUUGUCGACAGUUUUAUAGACGUAUUUCGAAAGGAGAUAAAAUUAUACAAAAAUGCAUGUCUCUAAAAAUCUCCAUUUUCUUAACAGACGGCGGUGAUUUCAUAUUACAUUUAACUUUUUGUGAAUCUUAAUUUAUAUUCAAAUGAAACCAGUAUUCAAUCGAUGGUCAAUAGAAUAUUUAUAGACUGCAAUCACCAGCUGUUUAUAAAUUGGCACAUUUGCGCAAUGAUCAUUUCAAUCAGUCUUGAAAAAAGUGGUUUAGGGAAUUCUUUGAAAUUCAUUUCGGGGUCAUUAAGUACAGGCCAAAACCAACUUACAAAAUUUCGAAUCUCAAAUUGGUUUUAUCAGGAAUCGGGUUUAAGAUCAUUCAAUCGCCCAUAGCCCUAAGUAGUAAGUAAGUAGCCGCAAUGGAAAAGUAUCGUAAGUCUUCUAUUAUAUUUUUAUGCUCGAGGAUAAUUAAUGAAUACAGUGUGAUG